AUGUCGCAGCAACCACCGCUGGAAUGUCCCGAUCAGUCCUUCGGUCCUUGGGCCGGCGACGCUUGUCGCGGUGGCUUUGACUUCACCCUGAUGUUCGAGGAGUCCAUUCUCACCAUCCCUCUGCAAUGCCUCUUUCUCCUUGCGCUGCCCAUUCGUAUGGGCCAGCUGUACUCCAUGACCAGAAAGACUGUUGCCAACGUCCAAGGCACACUGAAGUUGACUUCUGCGCUGUGUGUCUUCUCCUGCAGCACUGCUCUCCUGGCCCUUUGGGCUGGCCCGUCCGCCCACCUGAAGACGGCAGCCACAGUCCCGUCCGCCGCUCUAGUGCUGGUCGCCUCUCUUUUCUACUCCGCCCUCACUUGGCUCGAGCAUCACCGUAACGUCAAGCCUUCCUUCAUCCCGUUUGCCUAUAUCUUCUUAUCAGUCCUCCUCGACCUCCCGCGAUGUCGCACCUUCUUGGCACUGCGCUUUUUGAUCCUGAUCCAGGAGUCGGUCGGGAAGCGACGGCUUCUGCUUCCAGAGUACCGUGCCUACGCGAGAUCGACGACUGCCGGUACACUCAGCAGAAGCACCUUCUUCUGGCUCAAAUCGCUCUUCGUUCGCGGAUACAAGAAGAAUCUGCAUCUCCAAGACCUGGACCCCCUGGAGCCCGGCCUGGAGUCUGAGCCUUUAUAUCGCGCAUAUCGUCAUGCAUGGGAUCUGGUUCCCGACAAAACCGUUAGCGGCGUCUUAUACAUGACAUGGCUCAAGGUAUUCGCUGCUCACGUCAUGGCCGCAUUCAUUCCCAAGCUCUGUCAGAUUGCCUUCACAUACACACAGCCCUUUCUCAUCGAACGGGGCAUCGGCCUUGCCGCCCAGCCCCAAGGUGGCUCGGCGAACAACACGGGGUACGGCUUGAUAGGCGCCUACGCAUUAGUCUACACAGGCAUUGCUAUCUCAACGGGCCAGUACGAAUGGCGCGCUUACCGGGCCGCGUCGGUCAUGCGAGGAGGCAUCAUUGGUUUGGUCUACCAAAAGUCGCUGCGCCUCGACACUACAACGCCCGACGUUAGUCCUGAAGGUGCUUUGACCUUGGUCACCACCGAUGUCGAGACCAUAACCCAAGGCGUCGUUUACCUUCACGACAUCUGGGGCGCUUUUGUGGAAAUCGCCGUUGGCAUAUACCUGAUCUACAGGCAACUGGGAUCGGCAUGUGCAAUGCCCGUGGCCAUUGUCUUCGUCGUAUUGUUGGUUACAGCGAUACUUUCCUUGCAAAUCGGCAACGCGCAAGCAAAGUGGAUCCGCGCGUCCCAAGAUCGUGUGACGACGACGUCCAAAGUCCUCGGUAGCAUAAAGCCCCUCAAAAUGACAGGUCUGAGCGAUCUCGUCUUCUCUUUGAUCAGAGACCUAAGAACAAAAGAGUUGGGGGUUUCCGAAAGGUACAGAAAACUACUCGGAGUGAUUUGCAUCCCCAUCUGGUCUCCCAUCCUUACCUUUUGUGUUUUUGCUGCACAAUCUGGCUCCACGUUGAACAUCCAGCGAGCCUUUACCGCCUAUUCACUGCUCACCUUGGUCAACCGGCCAUUGUCAGAUGUCAUCCUCGCGCUCCCUAUUCUGGCCGGAUCCGUGACCUCAUUCCAGCGGAUACAAGACUACCUGAAUGGUAAGGAAAGGCACGACAAACGGCUUCCACAAGGACAAGAAAAUUCCGACUCUAGUGAGGGUGGCACCCCCGCCGCAAGUCGUUACUCUGUUGAAAAAACACCGGCAUCUCAAGGAGUACACUCUAGUGAGGACGCGACGGUUUCUCUAGAUGUGAAAACUGUCGCAUCUCUCCAGGGGAAAUUUUGUUGGGAGGAAGGUUCAGAGCCCGUCCUUGACAUCGGCGACUUGAGAAUACAGGCCAAAACAUUUACGCUUAUUCUUGGCCCCGUCGGAUGCGGCAAGUCUACUUUACUCAAAGCGCUCCUGGGCGAACUCUCAGGUUUCGAGGGGACCAUUCGGGCCAACUACUCAAGAGUCGGCUACUGUGACCAGAACGCUUGGCUGCCUAAUGAUACGGUGGCCAAUAUCAUUCUCGGCCAGGCAAACUUUGACGAAACUUGGUAUCACCAAGUGGUAAGAGCGUGCUGUCUGGAGCAAGAUUUCAAAGACUGGCCAAAGGGAGAAGAGACUGUUGUGGGAACAAUGGGGAUUUCAAUGAGCGGGGGCCAGAAGCACCGACUGUCUUUGGCACGAGCUGUGUACUCCAAAGCAGAGUUUGUCAUCUUGGAUGAUCCAUUUUGCGGCCUGGACUCGGAGACGGAAGACUCUAUUUUCCACAACCUGUUGGGAGAGCAAGGGCUGCUUCGGCUAGCAGACAUGACAAUAGUCGUCACCUCUUCAGACGCCCGACGCCUGCCGUAUGCUGAUCAAGUGGUGCUUCUCAGCGCCAAGGGUCAGAUCAGCGAGGUCGGUACCCCGGCCGACCUUUCUUCGAAAAUUGAAGUCCAGCAGGCAGGCAUGAAAGGCAUCGCUCAUCCUGUAUCAGGAACGAGGACACAAGUGGCACAGCCAGGCGGAGAAACGGCACCUCCGGCUGAGACAGCACUUGUUGACAUAGAAUAUCAGGCAAAGGUCACACGACGUCUGGGUGACUCGGCAGUCUACCUAUUCUACGCUAAAUCUGCUGGCUGGUGGCCGAUUGUGGUCUUCGUCCUCUCAAUGGCCGUUUUCGCUUUUUGCAGCUCCUUUCCAAACAUCUGGCUCAAAUGGUGGGCAGAAGACCCGAGUCCUAGUUCGAAUCUCGGGAAAUGGCUCGGCGUGUACGUGGCCCUUGGAGUGGGCUCGGUUCUUGCUGUUGCGCUGGGGGCAUGGCAACUCUUCAUCAACAUCAUCAACAACUCCGGAACUAGCUUUCACAGUCUUCUCGCGGACACGACAGCCAAGGCCCCAUUAUCUUUCCACGUCGCUACAGACAGCGGUGUCACCGUCAAUAGGUUCAGCCAGGACUUACAACUCAUUGACAUGGAGUUACCCAGCACAGCACUCGGGUUAGCUGUUGGCGUCGCUUUCGGUCUUUCGGAAUUCGUCAUGAUAUCCGUGGCUUCCCGAUACAUUGCCAUACUGUUACCAUUCCUCAUACUCUGUUUCUAUGCGAUUCAGCAUUUCUACCUCCGCACUUCCAGGCAGAUACGUCUCCUCGACAUCGAAUACAAGGCGCCUCUUUACACGCAACUCAUCAAAACACUGGAUGGCCUCGUGACAAUCAGGGCAUUUCAGCGGCAGGACGAAUUCGAGAAGAAGAAUAUGGAAUUACUCAACACUUCCCAGAGGCCAAGUUAUCUCCUCUUUUGCAUUCAACGCUGGCUCACCUUCACAGUUGAUAUGAUGAUCGCCGUGAUCGCUCUAGUCCUGAUCGUGGUGACGACCACCCUCAGGGAGCAGAUCGGGCCCGGCUACAUGGGGAUAGCUCUCAGCAACAUCCUUGGAUUCAGCGGCACCAUCAAAGCCGCCUUGACCUCAUGGGUCACACUGGAAAUCGCCAUCAGCGCCGUCGCCCGCAUUCGUGACUUUUCCAUGACCACGGAGCAGGAAGCUGAUCCCACAAAGGAGCUGACCGAGCCGUCUGAUGGGGGCUGGCCAAGCCAGGGGGCUAUCGACCUGCGCGGUGUUACGGCGUCUUAUCCCUCGUCGGGAACCGUUCUUCACGGCGUGGAUCUAUCCAUCAAGGCCGGGGAAAAGGUAGCCAUCUGCGGGCGAAGCGGAAGUGGCAAAAGCUCGCUAGUACUCUGCAUCCUCCGACUGAUGCAGCUGGACUCUGGGACCAUCAGUAUUGACGGGGUGGAUCUGUCUACUGUUCCUCACGAGUACCUGCGGUCCAGGCUGACGGCCAUACCGCAAGACGUGUUCAUAUUCGACGGAACAAUACGGUUGAACGUAGACCCCAAGAAGACGGCGUCAGACGAAGACAUCAAGCGAGCCCUGGAGAGGGUGCAUUUGUGGGGCAAGAUAGAGCAAAGAGGGGGCCUCGAUGUGAUAAUAAACGACGCCUUCUUCUCUCGCGGCGAGUCACAGCUGCUCGUCUUCGCCCGGGCGAUGCUGAUGACGAGCAAGGUGCUCAUACUCGACGAGUUCACCAGCAGCAUGGACGACGAGACGGCGAAAAUUGUGUACGGUGUCGUUCGGGAGUUCUUUGAUGGAUGCACCGUCAUCGCAAUAGCGCACAAGCUCGAGCCCAUCCUGGAUUUCGACCGAGUGGCAGUCCUAAGCUCCGGCAGGGUUGUCGAGUAUGACGAGCCAAAAGAGCUCGUGCAGCGAGAUGGCUCGGCGUUUAGGAAACUGUUCGAGUUGUCGCUCGGAGCUGACGAGUAG